CUUUUUUGCAAUCUUCCCCGUCCAGAAACACUAAAACCUCUAGGCGUUUGGCCCAGGGGAGCUAUCUGGGGUCAAGGGAAGGGAGCGGGCCGCACAUUCCUUCGCCCGCCUCCCCCCCACCUGGAGCCGCGGCCCCGCUGGAGCAGUGCACCCGAGCUGGUGCGGCAGCGCCGGCAGCGGCGGGGUUAAGCUCAGGAAUGCGGCGGGAGGAAUGCGUAUGCAGAUGAGGCGGGCGGGCGCAUGCUAAUCGCAUGCAAAUGAGGGGCCCGCCGCUGCCGAGGCCGCGCCGCAGCUUCCCGGAUCCGAGCCCAGACGGCGGCGGCUCCGGCAGCCUGGGCGCCGCGACCCUCGGCGGCCACAGGGGGACGGGGCGGAGGAGGAGGAAGAGGCGGAGGCAGCGGCGGCGAGGGGGAGGAGGGUUCGCUCGCCGGCUCCGACGCAGACAUGGUGGACUGAUCCCCAGCGGGGCCGCGAACAGCGUUUCCUGAGACACCUCCCGCGCCUGGUUCCGCCGCGCCCCGCGCCCCUCAGCCCCUCGCCGGCGCCCGCGUCGCGGGUUGGCGGCCGGGCCGGGCAGCCGCGUUCCCGCCGCGUCCCGCGCCCGGUCCCUAUGGAGGCGCCGUUCGCCGGUGAGGCCGCCGACCAUGCCUAGGAGGGCCGGGAGCGGUCAGCUGCCGCUGCCCCGGGGCUGGGAGGAGGCCAGGGACUACGACGGCAAGGUCUUCUACAUCGACCACAACACCAGGAGGACCAGCUGGAUCGACCCCCGGGACAGGUUAACGAAGCCCUUGUCAUUUGCUGAUUGUGUUGGGGAUGAGCUGCCGUGGGGAUGGGAAGCAGGGUUUGACCCUCAGAUUGGUGUCUACUACAUCGAUCACAUCAACAAAACCACACAGAUAGAAGAUCCAAGAAAACAAUGGAGGGGGGAACAGGAGAAGAUGCUCAAGGACUACCUCUCUGUGGCGCGGGAUGCCCUCCGGACACAGAAGGAGCUGUACCAUGUGAAGGAACAGAGGCUGGCGCUGGCCCUGGAUGAAUACGUGCGAUUAAAUGAUGCCUAUAAGGAAAAGUCAAGUUCUCGCACAAGCUUAUUCUCAGGAUCUUCAUCCAGUACUAAAUAUGAUCCCGAUAUUUUAAAAGCUGAGAUCUCCACUACAAGAUUAAGGGUUAAAAAGCUAAAGAGAGAACUCUCACAGAUGAAGCAAGAACUGCUCUAUAAAGAACAAGGCUUUGAAACAUUGCAGCAAAUUGAUAAAAAAAUGUCUGGAGGCCAGAGCGGGUAUGAACUUAGUGAAGCCAAAGCCAUUCUAACAGAACUAAAAUCUAUCAGAAAAGCCAUUAGCUCAGGAGAAAAAGAAAAACAAGAUCUGAUGCAGAGUCUUGCUAAGCUGCAGGAGCGGUUUCAUUUGGAUCAGAACAUUGGCAGAUCUGAGCCAGAUUUGAGAUCUAGUCCUGUGAGCUCUCAUUUAUCUCUCUCCAGACAGACCCUUGAUGCCGGGUCACAAACAAGCAUUUCCGGAGAUAUUGGAGUGAGAAGUAGAUCAAAUUUAGCUGAAAAGGUCAGGCUAAGCCUACAGUAUGAAGAAGCCAAAAGAAGUAUGGCCAACUUAAAAAUUGAACUGUCAAAAUUGGACAGUGAGGCCUGGCCUGGGGCACUGGAUGUUGAGAAGGAAAAACUGAUGCUGAUUAAUGAAAAAGAAGAACUUUUGAAAGAGCUUCAGUUCGUCACCCCACAGAAACGUACCCAAGAUGAACUGGAACGCUUAGAAGCCGAAAGGCAGCGGCUGGAGGAAGAGUUGCUGUCGGUGAGGGGGGCACCAAGCAGAGCUCUCGCCGAGAGAUUGAGAUUGGAAGAGAGAAGAAAAGAGCUGUUACAGAAACUUGAAGAAACUACUAGAUUAACUACUUAUUUGCAUUCACAACUUAAAAGCCUCUCUGCCAGCACCCUGUCCGUGUCAUCUGGGAGCAGCCUGGGUUCCCUGGCAUCAAGUCGGGGCUCUCUGAACACCUCCAGCAGAGGGUCACUCAACUCCCUCAGUUCCACUGACCUCUAUUACAGCAGUCAAAGUGAUCAGAUAGAUGUGGAUUAUCAGUAUAAACUGGACUUCCUUCUGCAAGAGAAAAGCGGUUACAUUCCUUCCGGACCCAUUACCACCAUCCAUGAAAACGAGGUGGUCAAGUCCCCCAGCCAGCCUGGCCAGAGUGGACUCUGUGGGGUGGCAGCUGCAGCAACAGGCCACACUCCUCCGCUGGCUGAGGCCCCCAAGUCUGUGGCCUCCCUGUCCUCGAGGUCCUCCCUUUCCUCCUUGUCUCCUCCAGGCUCUCCCUUGGUUUUGGAAGGCACGUUUCCCUUGUCUUCUCAUGAUGCCUCUCUCCAUCAGUUCUCUGCUGACUUUGAAGACUGUGAAUUGAGUAGCCAUUUUGCAGAUAUCGGCCUUGUCGAAAAUCAGAUUUUGCUGGAUUCUGAUUCAGGAGGAGCCUCCCAGUCUCUUUCAGAGGAUAAAGACCUUAAUGAAUGUGCUGGUGAGCCAUUAUAUGAAGGAACUGCAGAUGUGGAAAAAUCAUUACCAAAAAGAAGAGUGAUCCACUUGCUUGGGGAGAAAACCACUUGUGUGUCGGCUGCUGUAUCUGAUGAGUCUGUGGCUGGAGACAGUGGGGUCUAUGAAGCUUUUGUGAAACAGCCUAGUGAAAUUGAAGAUGUCACAUACAGUGAAGAGGACGUAGCCAUUGUGGAGACCGCCCAGGUUCAGAUAGGACUCAGCCUCUCUUUUGACAGAUACAAUGCAAAAAGUUCAAGUUUCAUGGUGAUUAUAGCACAGCUCCGAAACCUUCAUGCCUUCUUGAUACCUCAUACUUCAAAAGUAUAUUUUAGGGUUGCCGUUCUUCCUUCCUCAACUGAUGUCAGCUGUCUGUUUCGCACAAAAGUUCAUCCGCCCACAGAAUCCAUUUUAUUCAAUGAUGUGUUCAGAGUCGCCAUUUCCCAAACAGCUUUACAACAGAAGACACUGAGAGUAGAUCUUUGCUCUGUCAGUCAACACCGAAGGGAAGAAUGCCUGGCUGGAACUCAGAUCAGCCUGGCAGAUUUACCCUUUUCCAGUGAGGUUUUCACUCUGUGGUAUAACUUGCUUCCUUCCAAGCAAAUGCCUUGCAAAAAGAAUGAAGAAAAUGAGGACUCUGUAUUUCAACCAAACCAGCCGUUAGGAGAUUCUAUAGACUUGGAUGCAGUGUCAGCCUUACUUGCAAGAACAUCAGCUGAGUUGUUAGCUGUGGAACAAGAAUUAGCACAAGAAGAAGAAGAAGAAGAAUCAGGACAAGAAGAGCAAAGGGGUCCAGAUGGAGACUGGCUAACAAUGCUGAGAGAGGCCUCUAACGAAAUUGUGGCUGAAAAAGAGGCUGAAGUUAAAUUGCCAGAGGACAGUAACUGUACAGAAGAUUUAAGUUCAUGCCCUAGUGUGCCUGAGGUGAACGAAGACAGGAACAGGAAAGAAAACAACUGUGCCAAAGACCUCAGAAGUCAGCCACCUACUGGAACACCAACACUGGUGACUAUUCCACUGUUCCGUCUUAAAACUGAUGCCUCACAGGCGCCAUGUGGACUAGGGAGAUGCGUGCCUGUCUCCUUAGGUGUUGACAAAGAGACAAACACUGAUGAAGCCGCUAAUGACAAUAUGGCAGUUCGCCCCAAAGAGCGCAGCAGCCUGAGCUCUAGACAGCAUCCCUUUGUGAGGAGCAGCGUGAUAGUGCGCUCACAGACCUUUUCUCCCGGAGAGCGGAGCCAGUACAUCUGCAGGUUAAAUCGGAGUGACAGUGACAGUUCAACCCUGGCUAAAAAAUCACUGUUCGUGAGAAACUCCACCGAACGCCGCAGUUUGAGGGUCAAAAGGACGGUUUGCCAGUCAGUCCUUAGAAGAACAGCACAAGAAUGCCCAGUACGGACAUCUCUAGACUUAGAACUGGACCUUCAGGCAUCUCUGACCCGGCAGAGCCGCCUCAAUGAUGAGCUGCAGGCACUGAGGGACUUGCGUCAGAAGCUGGAGGAACUGAAAGCUCAGGGAGAGACUGACCUUCCACCAGGCGUGCUGGAGGACGAGAGGUUCCAGAAGCUUCUGAAGCAAGCGGAGAAGCAGGACAGAAGAGGCGCGUUAGAAGUCGGAAUGCUGGGAACCCUGGGCAGAGCUGGAAGGGCACCAAGGGGGGCUUCUUGGAAACAGGAGUGUCCUCUCCUUCAUCCGGUGCCGGUGACAUGGGCCGAACAGUCCAAAGAAGAGCAGAAGCAAGGUUUGAAUGCAGAGAAGUUGAUGAGGCAAGUCUCCAAGGACGUGUGUCGGCUCCGGGAGCAGAGCCAGAAGGUGCCUCGGCAGGUGCAGUCCUUCAGGGAGAAGAUUGCCUACUUCACCAGAGCAAAGAUAAGCAUCCCGUCCCUGCCGGCUGACGAUGUGUGAUUACAUGGUUUAAGAAAUUAUUUUGUCAUCUGUUCACCUUUUUAGGGAGGGUAAAAGACUGAAGAUUUGUUUUUUUGUUUUGGUGUUUGGUUGUUUUUGGUAACAUAACUGUCAACUCUUGAAGAACUUUUAUUUCACGUCAGAUUUUCAACAUUUUAAUUUUUAAAGUAUCUUGAGUGUAAUUUUUAUGUGCUUAAACAAGAAAAAAUCAGAUAAGAAAAAUGGGAUAAUCUGGUACACAAAUGUUGCCCAGAAUGUGCGCAUUGCCAGUGGGCUUUAUUUUGUAAACACGGAAUGGAGGCAGUACUACCCCACGUGUGUACUGUUGAGCCGACUGUUGAGAGACAACUUGGUUCAGCAGGUGGUCUUGCUUCUCCUUUGUGUUUCUGUGAGCAGGCCGUGCCGAUGGCAGCACCGCCACGUGGUAUCUGUGCGCUGGCGAGGAGAGUGUGAGCAGUCGCUGGGGUGCAGCGUUCCAAAGUCCACCCAAAAUGGAUGCUGCGUUCAUGGCCAUCACCUGUGCAGCAACACCUGGUUUCCUUAAAACGAUUUCCUUUUUGUCCUUUUAUAUUUUUCUAAAGAAAACAAAAAUAUAAACUACCAAGUUAUCUUAAGAAUAAGAAUACAAAGGAGCACUGCUCUUGGCUACACUAAAGAUCUUGGGAUUCAUGACACUGAGGGCAAGGAGAAGAAAGAACACCAGCCAUGUAGAGAUACAAAUAAGCUCAUCAAAUGAGCAGCUGGUUUCUCUCACUCAGCCUGAAUUUGCAGAAGUGUUCAAAUGUGAGUUUCUGGCUUGCACCAGUGUUUUGCCCUAAAUCUAAGGAUGGUGCCAAGUGGUGGCCCUGUGUUCUAAGGACAGAGAAAGCUGGAGGUGUGGAGAGAAACGCAUCGGCACUCAUUUGGUAUAACCAAGAAGAGGGGAAAAGAUGUCUUGAUAGAAUGAAAAUUGCCAAAAACAAACGAGUUUAUCAAGAGAUUUCUAACAUUUAGUAGAAAUUGCUUCAUAGCUCUCAUUUUUAGGGGAUUCUAUCUAUAAUUUAUGGUAAAUAGUUCGGAGGCAAAGGGAAGAAUGUGCCGGGGGGGAUUAUUAAUUUGAAGUAUAAGCUAAAUUGUUUAUGAAAUGACUUUUGGAUGAACAAGUUUAGAGAGAGAAACUGACUAAUGCGUCCUCCAGUUUAGAAUUUCACCUUACCCAACCCAGGCACGUCUUAAAAAACAUAUCCUCAGUGCAGCUCUGCCAGCAUCAAGCUUUUAAAAUAUAUAAUAUUUAGACCGUUUAAACCAUACUUAUUACUCAGAAACAAUUUGGGGUUAGCCAUCUAAUAUGGCAAAUAAAAUAGAUUUUUUUAAAGAUAUCCAAAAUCGUCUUAAAGGAACCCCUUAAAGAACAAAAAAGUUGUGUUCCUAAGUUAGAAUGCUCACUAGCAAUAAUUUUUAUUUUCUUGAAAGCAAUUGUAUAUAUUUUAGAAAGUUCAUGUUAUUGGAAUCGAAGUUCAAAUUAAGCAACUUCUGAGCCUAGAACUUUAUUUUUUCCUAAAUGUCCCACCAUUUAACAUACAAAUUUCUCUGAAGACAUAACUGGACAUGGCAGACACUACUUUGAACAAAAACCAGCCUAGUGAAUUGACUGAGUACAGUCCUUUAAGACUGCCCAGUUCAUUCUAUUAGAUGACUAAGGAAAACUAGAAAAAGAAUACAGUUCACCCUUGUCGAGGUCCAGUGUGAAAGACAGAAGUUUAUUUAACAUGGAGGUAAAUGAAGGUGAGCUGUUUUCAGCGUCUUAGUUUGACCAUGAAGAUGUCUAUAGAAUUAUGUGUAGUUGUUCUGUACGAUUUUAUUUUCUUCAUUUAUUUAUUUACAGUCUUAUUUAUGUUCUGUUUAAUAUAUAGUUUGAUUCUGGCCAUUUUAAAUAUUUGACACAGAAGAGACUAUAUUGGAAUAUUUACAGCUUUAUAAGUCUUUCAUCAGAUUAGCUGUUGACUUUUUGUAAUACAAAAAGUUUCAGACAAGUAUUAAAGAAUAAAAUCUGUCUCAGGCUGGUAGUUAGCAGUUGUGACCAAGAUGCUUUUGGUUGUUGUAUUUCACAAAAUUUCCUCAUUUCUAACAUGAGAGAUGAACUUAUUUUAAUAUAAUCCUUUUUCUACACUUUAAAAGUCAGCAAUAGUGUUAUGUAUUUAUAGGCAGCUUUUAAUAAUCUUGUCAUAUUUGUACUAACCCAAAUGAUUCACAGUGACAAAACAUUUUAAUAACUUGAUCACAAAACCAUAUGGACAAAUACGAAUUUUAAUAUUAUAAAUACUAUUUUUAAAAGGUAGAAUUUAUUCGCACAGGGUAAAAAGAAUGUAAUAUUUAGUUCUCAAGUUUGAAUUAUCAUUAUAUUAUUACAAUUUUGUAUAUCAGAAUCUUAAGUGUUACAGGUACAAAAAGGAUAUUGCUAGCCAAAUGAACAAAGUUUAGCUAAAUCUCUGUAGCAUGCAAAUCAAAUAAAUUAAAAUUUUUUGCUAUUGCUUUAUCUAUAUUGUAUUAAAUAUCAAAAGCUCAGGACUGAACUUAAUAUUUAAUCAGGUUAAAUUCUGAACAUGUUUCUGUUUUAAUUUGUCUUGUUUGUAAACGUAUGCAAAUACAUCACAUAGAUUAACUUUGGUUUCUGCACUUUCCAUGUGUUUGUGGGUGGAAAAAAAUUCAGUCGGUUUUUAAAAAAACAAAAACAAAAAACAAAGCUACAUAUUGCCUAAUAGUCUAUUUCCGUGUAGCUUAUUGUUCAGUUUAUUUCCCUGAUUGGCACAAACACACGAGUUUCCUGGAACCAUGUACCAAGCAAAUACAAAAUAUUUCACGAAGAAAUCCCCAAGCCAGCAGUUUGUGAUGAAUAGUUCUUGUUGGAACUAUAUGUAUUGCUGAUAAAAAAGGACGAAGUCUUUUCAUUGUGCAAAUAAAAUGAAGGGCUCCAGAGUAUGUGCUCUGUGGUCGUUCCGCCUGGGCUGGCAGCGUGCUCCACGGAGAGACAGCCAUCCCAGGAGGUUCUCUACACACACACCAGUCCUGCCCUGCCCUGCCCUGCCCCCCACAGACUGCUCAGUGCCAGGGAAGCCAGAAACGCUGCCCAUGAAAUACAGAGCACAGGAUGCAGAAGCACGUCUGUGUGCCAGAGCCUACUUGAAUCAUCCAAAACACAAGAUCACCCUCCUGCUUCUGACAUAGUUUAGAAGGCAUGACUGAAUGUGGCUGCCUUUCGAGAAAAGGUUCCAUAGAGACACAGGUCUCUGAUUCAGGAGAUGAUGUGUCUACGCCUUUCACCUCUAAAGCUUUUAAAGAGCUAAUCAUUAUUUUAUAUAAUAAGACGUCAUGCAUUUUAAAUAAAUAUGCAGCUCAGGCUUAUUAUACUAGGUUAUCUUAAACACCUGAAAGAAGUCAAUGAUCUGCCAGAUGAUUCCGCUCCAUAUGAAUAACACCUUCAAAGACACAUACAGAUUAACGUUUUAUUUACCACUUCUAUGCAAUCACUGUUUUAAAAUUGAGAACACUCAUCCACAGUAAUGGGUGUCAUUACUAUUAAGUCUUGAUUGGUUUUGAUCUCAGAGUAGAAGAUAAAAAUAGUUUACCAGUCUUGGAAAGAAACUAUAGUUUAAUAGCCACAGGAAAAAAUGCAUUUUCGAAAAUCAGAAGCACAGUGAGAUGACUAGAGCAGGACCUCCUACCAAAUCCAGUGUUGAGCAAGCGUCUCCUGAGCAGCAGACGCUUGUCCUUUCUGGCUUAGUUUUUCAGGUUGGUGUUUCUUGUCUCCAGUUGAUGAUGAUCUUGCAUUUGCGCCACUGCAUGGUGGCCCGAAGCUAGGAGAGCGUGGCUGGAACAGGCUGCACAGUUGAGCAGACACCCUCCCAGUAGAAGAGAAAGUCCAGCAAACCAGCCCAGAAAGAGGGCCUCCCCAAACUCCCACCUGGGGACAAAGUCUGGGACGUUCUCAUCCCAGAACUCCUGAACCGUCUUGUGGGCAACCCAAGAGACAGGAACCAGGGCUGUGAUUCCCGAGGCCCAGGACAGAACUCCUCCCAGGAUCAGCAGUCGCCUCUUGAGAUCUCUCUGACCCUCUCCAAUUCUCAAACAGUCCAGGCCAAACCCAGAGACCAGCAGGCCCAGAAAUCCCAGCCCGUUUGAUAGAAACAUUAAGAUCCUGGAGACCCUGAGUUCAGCAGGCAAAGCCAGGAAGGAGUCAAAGUCCUUGCAUUGCAUUCCCACUUCCUCUUGGGUGACGCAGGUUUGCCAGAGUCCCAUGGUCCAGUUUUCCAUUUCAUUUAAGUCCAGGUUGAGGUUCUUCCAGUGUGGCAGGUAGUUUGUAAGACAGGAUAAAACCCAUCCCAGCAAAGAUAAUGAAACUCCAGCUAGUUGAGCCACAGUUCUAAAUACUAAAGCCAUUAUAAUGUCCUGAGAGCUUUAACCAAACAAACUCCUGUCCUUCGGUUGCUGUGAAAAGAAGUGUGACACUUGUGUUAUAACUUAUGAAGCUCAGAAAUAUUUCUUCAUUGUGUAUAUAGGAGGAUUCUUGCCAGAGUUGCUAUUGUUUGAUUCCAUGUUGAAUGGGUUUCAGAAAAGGAUAGGGAAAUAAUGCUGCAAACCAGUAAUGCCAAGGUGUGGCCAAGAUUGUGUUUGUGUCCUGUGGGCUGGAUUUUGCAGAAAGCAGUUUGUCACUGAAAUAUAAUUAAGUGAUAAUAAUCCUCCUUUCGUUGUUAAGGUUAAAAUGGCUUUCUUGUUAUUCCCAACCUUUCUAACAAAGAAUUAAGUCUGAAUGCAAAAUGUUUAACUGAUGGUUUUGGUUCAACACCUCCUGCUUUGUAUCUCACUAAUUGCACCUGUCAGAUUUUCAUCUCUUAUAGUUCUCACAUUUCAAAUGUGCAUGUUAUGGUAAUACUGAGUGUUACUUUUAAAAAAUAGGUUCAAGAAAAGUAUUUCUUAACCAAAUAAAUCAAUCUUAUCAGAAA